AUGGCUGCUAUAACAGAAACUGAUAAAAUGAAUUUUCGAACGCAAAUGGUGAAUGGUAAACCUCAAAUUUUCUACGAUGCAAUCGAUGAUUCGUCGACAAAAGCAAGAUCAAAGAGAAAUAGUCGAGCAAUAAAUACUACAACCCGGCAGUUCGAUCAAAGAAAUAAAGGAGAUAAUCAAAAAUAUGUCGAACCAAAAAGACAACCAACUAAAAAUGAUCAGUCAACGAAUAAAAAACGAGUUAACGAAGAUGAUUCAUUAGGAGUUUAUAUGACUAUGGAUGAAAUCGCUGAUCUUGUCACUGCUGUGAAAGAAAACUCUAAAAACGAUUCAAAUCAUACUUCAGAUACCAAGGCAUUGUCGCCACCACGAUAUCAUAGUGAACCAACAGUUGCAACUACUGUACCGAAUUUAGAUUUAGGAUUGGAACCGCCACCAUUACCAGUAUCUCAAACGACACCGCGAGAAGAGACAUUGAACAGAAUGGCAAGUAAAAAACGUGAGAAAUGGUUGAAAGAAAAAGCUGAAAUUGAACGAAUGCAACUGGAAAUCGAAUAUGAUCAACUCAAACAUCAGUUAUCACCGCGUCAGAAGAAAAAUGCAUCACCUCAACGAUCAACGUUUCAAUACGAUUUUCCUCCACCAACGACGAAUAAAUCGUCGGCUCCUGCAUCUUCAAAGCAAAACGGCCAGCAGUACGAUAUGUCAACAAGAAACAACGAAGAUGAAAGUCAAGAUCCAGCGAAAACACGACUAAUGGAGAAAAAGCAGCAGCAAUGGAAUCAAGAAAACUCGGAUAAAAUGCCAUACUGGGAUCCAUUUGGACGUCCAGGCGCUGGUGCACCCAAACGUCAUGAUACUCAAUCACGAAUAUAUAAUCCGAUAGCAAAUGUUCCUCCACUUCAUCGCUCUCCACCACGAGUGCAAGAAAAUUCCGUAUCUGCCAUUCCUCCUACCGAUCGAGGGCGUGUUCCAGCUGCAAUGCGAACGAACAUAGCAUUUGGUAAUGAUCGUCAUCAGGAAGACGUUGAAACACUCAAAGAAAUGGAACGUCGUCAAUGGUUAGAUGAUCUACAUAAACAAAUCGAAGAAAACAAGCGGAAAAAAUAUGUACAGCAGGAAUCUGAACGUCGGCAAGAUUUUUUACGUGAUAAAGUACAUCCACUCGUUCAAGAAGCAGCCAGUCGACAUCCACCACCACCACCAUCAUCUGACGUUUCUUCUACACAUCACAAUGAUGUAAAAUCGAAUGGUGCAACAUCGAAUCAAAGAUCUGGAGAAAAUCUGUUCGGUUCAAAUUCGAAUAGUAAAUCUGAACCGCCUCAUUUGCAUGUUGGUUUUGACCGACAGCAAGCCUAUCGACCAAGUGAUGCUCGUCGAGAUGAAGCUGUCAACACGGUUGACGCUACAUUUCGAGGAGAUCAAACUGAUUAUCAUCGUCCGCCGAAUCGUCGAGGGCCCAGUAAUGCAUACGAAGAUUCAGAUCUCCCUCCUCAAGUUCCUAAUCAUCGUCGUGAUGGAGUCUAUCGAAAUAAUUCUCACCAUCCAGGUAGAAAAACGACUCAUAUGCAUUGUCUUGACGACAAUCAGUCAUCACGACAUACAUCACAUGCAAAUCAUCAUAUGAACGCACAUAAUACUAGUACAACUUCCCAAAUGAAUGGUCAACGUACGAGCCAUGGUCCAACUGACGUUCAUAAUCGUCCGUUAUGGAACUAUAACCAACAAAAGCGUGGUGAAUACGUUCCCAAUUCAAAACGUGACCCACAUUAUGAAAAACGACAGCGUCUUAAAAACAUGGAACUAGGAAACUAUGAUUGUAUCGACGAUGUGCAAAAGAAAACAUGUUACAAUCGUUGGAACAGCGAUAGCGAAAUCGAGAAAAAACAAGUAACACGUGCUCGUGUUCCAAAAACAGCAAGUCAUGGUCAUCACAAAGAUGAAAGCAUCAUGAAUUUACUCAGAGGGCAACAUAAACAACAAAAUGAUACGUACGGAACAAGAUAUCCUCCAAGCAAUCAUGUCAAAACAGAUGAUCAAUAUACUUCCAAUCAUCCGUCAUCAUUAGAAAGAUAUGAUAACUAUGUGCCAUAUUCACGGACUGACGAAGCGCCUGAAUCGUCGCAACCCGUGGAAACAACAUCUUAUCAACCAGUAUCAGAAACGAAUGCAAAUACAAACUAUCAAGCACGCGAUUGGGAAAAUACCGAUCGACAAUAUCCUACUGCACAACCUAUUCAGUAUAGUACACCUGCAACGAAACAAGAACAAAUCUUACAACAACUAUCGACUAUUAGAGAGAAUAUGAUUCGUCGACAACGCGAAGUUGUUUCUCCGAUAUGA